GGGGUAUAAAUCGGCCAGUGGGGCCUGGGCCAUGCCCAUGGGAAUCUUAUAGGGGAGCGAACGAUGACAUAAGCAUAGGAAAACGGAGGUCCGCGCGGAUUUCUCGGAUUGGCGCUGGACCCCCUCCCUCGCGCGCGGAGCGCGCCAGGGGCUCGACACCCGAGGCGCCGCCAGGUGGCCCCAGCGCCGAUCCGAGAAGUCAGCGCGGACCUCCGAGUUUUUAUAUUUAUGUCAUUGUACGACUCGGCGAAACGAUGCGCAACAUCACGGACAAGUGGGGCGAGCGCGUGAAGUGGGCCUGCGUCAACUGGUACGGCGCGUACUCCACGAGGCACGCGGUGGGCGGCCUGGAGGUGCGCCCAAUGCGGGACAUUGUGGACCGGAUCGUCGGCCUGGGCUUCAAUUGCGUCCGUGCCAUGUACAGCGUGGAGGGGUAUGUCGAAAAUCCGGUUGUCGCUGAUGAUACGCUCCUCGCAAAUCCAGAGCUCCAGGGAAAACGCUUCCUGGAGCUGUUCGACCUGCACAUUCAGAUGAUGACAGACGUCGGACUCAUGGUGAUCGUGAACAAUCACAACUCCAAGUCAGGCUGGUGCUGCCAUUACUCUCAGGACGAGGGUCUUUGGUACACGCCCGAGUACAGCGAGGAGCAGUGGAUAGAGAGCCUCGUCUUCUUUGCCAAUAGGUACAAGCAUAAUCGUCUGGUUGUCGCCAUUGACCUCCGAAACGAGGUUCACGACUACGAUGGUACCCACCUCACUUGGGGAGGUGGCGAUCCCAAAACCGAUUGGGCACUCGCCGCGACCGUCGCGGGCAACAAGGUGCUGGAAACGAACCCGGACGUCCUCAUAGUUGUGAUGGCCAUGUGUUUUGGCGCCGACCUCAGGCCCAUGAGGCGCAUGCCAAUACAGCUCAUGUAUCCGAACAGAGUCGUGUACGAAACGCACAACUACCUCGAGUACCAGAUCUUCGACAAUAUAUCUAAGAUCUUGCUGCCGUGGAAGGAGCUGCGGUCGUAUGUUUUGUUUCUGGCAGUGAUCUUCGUCUCCAUCGUGGUGUUCCAGCGGCAGGCCUGGAAGUUCUUGGGCAAGCCGCUGCCGCCCCUGGGCGCGCUGCUCGUCUCCGCGGGCUUCUGGACGUCCUUCUUCUCGCUCGUGGGCCUCACCAUCGCGACGAAGAUGCGCGACUUCGCCAUGCUCUUCUGCGCCUUCUCCGCCGACGUCGACUUCAUGCCCUGGGUGGUGGGCUUCGCCGUGACCAGCGCUCUCUCGAUCGUCUCCGUAGCCUUGGGCGUGGUGCUGCUGCUGCUCGGCCUCGGGGGCGUGGGCGGACAGCUGCAGGGGCCCGAGACCCGACGCCAGGGCCGCAGGAAGCUCUACGAGAUGAGCCCCCUCGGGAACCCCGUGGUGGUCGCGGCCCAGACCUACGGCAGGGUCCGCGCCAGGCCCGAGGUCCGCGAGCUGGAGGACCUGGACUGCAGCGCCGCGAGCCGCCGCGCCGCGAGCCCGGCCGCGGCGGCCGAGCGCAGCCCCGCCAGCUCCCUCCCCGCCACCCCCAGCGCCGCAGCGAGCGGGGCGGACUGGGACGCCGGCCGCGCGGUGACGGAGGCGGCGGAGGCGGCCUGCGCGCCGGUGCGCUGCCGGUGCUGCGACCUCUGCUGCGUCCCCGGCUUCGGCACCUGCCUGCGGGUCUACCGCGACAUCCCCGGCGUGGUCUCCAGCAUACUGUUCCGCCAGGCGCCCAGGCCCCCGGCCGAGUGGGACUGCGGCCUCUGCGUCGGGCUCCAGGUCUUCAUCCUGCUGCUGAUCCUCAUCAGCCUCUUCCUUGCCGCCUACAUCUGUGCGCACCUCAUCCCGACCUACAACUUUGCGGCCUGGCACUUCGACCGCAUGUGGGGCUUUGCGCUCAAAGACGGGUAUGACUUCACAGCGCCCGUUUGGAUGGGCGAGUUCGGACAGGAGGCACGGGGCACGUACUGGCUGAACUUCGUGCGGUACCUCUCCUCGCGGGACGCAGACUUCGCCUACUGGGCGAUCAACGGGCUCAAGUGGAAGGAGGGGGAGGUCAACGUGGUUACUGGGAACUUCGAGCCCUGGGACCCCCUCUGGGACGAAGAAACUUUUGGGAUCCUGAGCAGCGACUACUGGAGCAUCAGGCACACUUGGAAGCUGCUGGAUUUGACAGCCCUGAUGGCUUCCCCGUCAACUUGGAGGCCUGCUGACCAUCCUUGCGACUACGAGGUGGACCCUGCCUGCGGCGGAUGAGGGCUCGCGGCGCGCCCCCGUCUGCGCUCGUUCGCGUGUGGCGAGUCCACGAGUGUUCUACGACGAAGCGCUCUACGAUCGGGCUCAGUUUCUAAACAUACAUCUUGAUUGGGAA